AUGGGGCUGAACGGAGACCUGUACUUUUCACACGUCUCGAGUCGUGACUCACAAACCGACUACAGCUGCAACGCUCGCUUCCUCUUCACCAUCCAGCAGAAGAACCCCUACCACCUCAAAGUGCUCAGCACGGAGAUGAACAAUGAGUCAUCUUACAAUGCCUCUACGCCCUCUGCUGGUCGCUCCGUGCCUGAGUCCACUCCUUCGUUCCUGUCUCCUUCUGGCAGUGAGAGUGUGAGGUCUGUGCUCAGAGACCAACAGCUGCUGCUGGAGUGUAUCGCUGCAGGACGGCCGACGCCCACCAUCAGCUGGUUUAAGAAAGGAGGAGACCUGCCAGACCAGAAGGUGGCGCUGGAGAACUUCAACAAGACUCUGAGAGUGUCCUCUGUGUCCGAGGAAGACGCCGGAGAAUACAUCUGUCUGGCAACGAACCGGCAAGGAAGCAUCCGACACACAACCAGUGUGUCUGUGAGAGCUGCCCCCUACUGGUUGGACAAACCCACAAACCUGGUCCUGGCCCCAGACGAGAACGGGCGGUUGGUGUGUCGGGCCAACGGGAACCCCAAACCCCACAUCGAGUGGCUGGUCAACGGGCAGCCGCUGAACAGUUCCCUUCCCUCUCAGGGCCGUCAGCUCCUGGGAGACACCAUCCUGUUCCGCUCGGUGCAGAUUGGCUCCAGUGCAGUGUACCAGUGCAACGCCUCCAACCCUCACGGCUCUCUGCUCGCCAACGCCUUCGUCAACGUCCUGGACAUGUCUCCGCGGAUGUUGGCUCCAAAAAACCAGCUCAUCAAAGUCAUCGAGAACAACCGCACCUUCCUUGACUGUCCUUUCUUCGGCUCUCCUCUGCCCGAGCUCAGAUGGUUUAAGAACGGUCAGGGCAGCGGCCUGGACGGAGGUCACUAUCGCGUCCACAGAAAUGGAACUCUGGAGAUCAAAAGGACACGGCCGGAGGAUGAGGGCACCUACACCUGUGUGGCCAACAGCAUCCUGGGCACGGCCGAGAACCAGGUCCGCCUGGAGGUCAAAGAGCCCACUCGUAUCGUGCGGGCGCCAGAGCAUCAGUCAGUGGUCAGGGGCUCCACCGUGCGCUUCGACUGUAGGGUGAAGACCGACCCCAGUCUGUCCCUCACUGUAACCUGGACCAAAGACCACACCCCCCUGCACCUGGGCUGGAGAUUCAGAAAGGAUGAGGACUCCUUGACGAUCUCGAAGGUGGAUGAGAGCGAUGAGGGGACAUACACCUGCACGGCUCAGACCAGCAUCGACCAAGACUCCGCCUCCGGACGCCUCACUGUGCUGGAGCACCACUCCCUGCUCCCCUCACAGUCUACCCUUCUGCCUCAAGAGCCCCCUGAGCCGCCCUCGGACCUGGAGCUUUCUGACCUGGCGGCUCGCAGUGUGCGCCUCACCUGGAUACCAGGACAGGACCAUCAGAGCCCAGUCACAGGUACCAGCAACACACAGGUACCAGCAACACACAGGUACCAGCAACGCACAGGACCAUCAGAGGACAGUCACAGAGGAGACCAGGAGGAGACCCAGGACACGGAGGGAGGAGACCAGGAGGAGACCCAGUACACAGAGGGAGGAGACCAGGAGGAGACCCAGGACACAGAGGGAGGAGACCAGGAGGAGACCCAGGACACAGAGGGAGGAGACAAGGAGGAGACCCAGGACACUGAGGGAGGAGACCAGGAGGAGACCCAGUACACAGAGGGAGGAGACCAGGAGGAGACCCAGGACACAGAGGGAGGAGACCAGGAGGAGACCCAGGACACAGAGGGAGUAGACCAGGAGGAGACCCAGGACACAGAGGAGGAGACCCAGGACACAGAGGGAGGAGACCAGGAGGAGACCCAGCUCACAGAGGGAGGAGACCAGGAGGAGACCCAGGACACAGAGGGAGGAGACAAGGAGGAGACCCAGUACACAGAGGGAGGAGACCAGGAGGAGACCCAGUACACAGAGGGAGGAGACCAGGAGGAGACCCAGCUCACAGAGGGAGGAGACCAGGAGGAGACCCAGGACACAGAGGGAUUCCUGGUGCAGUUCGAGGAGGACCGGUACGAGCCCGGAGUCUGGAGGAACUUGUCGUCGUAUCCUGGAGACCACAACUCAGUGAUUCUGCAGCUCGCUCCGUUCAUCAACUACUGCUUCAGGGUCAUCGCCAUCAACGCCAUCGGCCCCAGUUUACCCAGCAGGCCCUCCUCCCGCUACAAGACCAGCGGAGCAGCUCCAGACGCCAUCCCCAGAGGUUUGCGAGGGUGGGGCUCAAGCAAGGACAACAUGGAGAUCAGCUGGGAGCCUCUGUCUGACCUGGAGAGGAACGGCCUGGACCUGCAGUACCAGGUGUGGUGGAAACGCAGCGACUCUAAAGAAGAUUGGAAAAACGUGACAACAGCAGCGUCCAAACAUGUGGUCCGCAACACGCCCACCUUCGUGCCCUUUGACCUUAAGAUCAGAGCCCAAAACAACUACGGACCCGGGCCUGAGUCCAACACCGUGAUUGGCUACUCCGGAGAGGAUGUUCCAGAGGCCCCGCCCACUGACCUCAGAGUGUCCCGUGUGGACAGUACCAAGGCCCAGCUGCAGUGGACCCCUGUCAACAUGUCGUCUGUGAGGGGCCACUUCCAGGAGUACAGGUUGUAUUACUGGCGGGACAGCAGCCUGGUCCCGGGGCUGGAGGUGCCUAAAGUCAAACAGAGCAAAGGGUUCUACAGUGUGUCUCCAGAACCUUCUGUGGUCGUCACGGACCUCGUCCCGUUUUCAAACUACACAAUGUUCAUGGUCGUCACCAACACACAACACCAGAGUCAGCCCAGCAACACUGUGAGCUUCAGCACCAAGGAGGGAGUUCCAGAUGCUCCGAGUUUCUUCAGAAUAAACCGUAAAGGUUUGGACUCUCUGCAUCUGGAGUGGGACAAACCUCUGGAGCCCAACGGGAUCCUGAUCGGGUACCAGCUGAAGUACACACCAGUGAAUGCGUCCCGUGGAGUGCGCCCCCUGGUGGAGACCUUUCCUCCUAACGUCACACACUUCCUGCUGCGGUUGCCAGAUCGUUCCACUCGAUACAAACUGUUCCUGUCGGCUCGAACUCAGGUGGGCUCUGGAGAGGUCAUCGCAGAGGAGGCCCCGCCCUUCACCAACCAGGAGACACUAGGACCCUCGCUUGGCAUGUCCUGCGCUGUUAUGUUGUGCCAAAGUCACGUGCAGUACUGCGCUGUUAUGUUGUGCCAAAGUCACGUGCAGUACUGCGCCGUUAUGUUGUGCCAAAGUCACGUGCAGUACUACGCCGUUAUGUUGUGCCAAAGUCACGUGCAGUACUGCGCCGUUAUGUUGUGCCAAAGUCACGUGCAGUACUGCGCCGUUAUGUUGUGCCAAAGUCUCGUGCAGUACUGCGCUGUUAUGUUGUGCCAAAGUCACGUGCAGUACUGCGCCGUUAUGUUGUGCCAAAGUCUCGUGCAGUACUGCGCCGUUAUGUUGUGGCAAAGUCACGUGCAGUACUGCGCCGUUAUGUUGUGCCAAAGUCACGUGCAGUACUGCGCCGUUAUGUUGUGCCAAAGUCUCGUGCAGUACUGCGCUGUUAUGUUGUGGCAAAGUCACGUGCAGUACUGCGCCGUUAUGUUGUGCCAAAGUCUCGUGCAGUACUGCGCCGUUAUGUUGUGGCAAAGCCACGUGCAGUACUGCGCCGUUAUGUUGUGGCAAAGUCACGUGCAGUACUGCGCCGUUAUGUUGUGCCAAAGUCUCGUGCAGUACUGCGCUGUUAUGUUGUGGCAAAGUCACGUGCAGUACUGCGCCGUUAUGUUGUGCCAAAGUCUCGUGCAGUACUGCGCCGUUAUGUUGUGGCAAAGUCACGUGCAGUACUGCGCCGUUAUGUUGUGCCAAAGUCACGUGCAGUACUACGCCGUUAUGUUGUGCCAAAGUCACGUGCAGUACUGCGUCGCCGUCUAG